AUGCGUCUUAGCAUCAUCGCUUUCAUCGCCUUCGCGCUCCACAUUUCUGCAAGCCCCAUCGCUCAAACGAGGGAGGUCACCUCUGUUGGACUUGCGUCUCGCGAUGCUCCCAUCGUCUCUGUGGACCUCGCCACGGACGUAAGCAUUCAUGUCAAACGCCUCGUCGAGAAUGUAGAAGACAUCCUUUCGGACGCUGUCCAACUCGUAGAUGGGGUUCUAUCGGGUGGCAGUGUCUCCCGCAGGCAAGGCGAUGCAGAAGACGUCCUUUCGGACGUUGGCGAAUUCGUAGAUGGGACUCUAUCGGGUAGUCCCGUCCGCAGGCAAGUCGGUGAGAAUGUAGGAGACGUCCUUUCGGACGUUGGCCAACUCGUAGAUGGAGCUCUAUCGGGUAGUUCCGUCCGCAGGCAAGUCGGUGAGAAUGUAGGAGACGUCGUUUCGGACGUUGGCGAACUCGUAGAUGGAGCUCUAUGA